AUGUCAAUUCUCUGUUUGACAGGUCAUCCUGGAAAAGUUAGUAUUAUGGCUAUGGCUAUUUCACCAUUUGCGUCUACGAAAGAGACUACUAACUAUGCAAGGUUAUGCCGCCUCCUGGUGGAUGUUGGAUCUCAGGUGCUUCGGUCCACUUUUAACACAAUACAUCCACCAGCGACUCUACAAACAGUUUUGGGAAGUACCUCAGUGCAUUACGCCACAUUGAAAUCACUGUACAAAGGGAGGAAGAAAGUGCUGAAUCCCACGCAAUGGGGAAAGUUGUACCCUUCUCACGCACCUGUGUCUUCUGCAUCCUUCGAUAUCACACUUCUAACGGUGCUUCUUAGAAAUAUCUGUGGUUUGGGCCCUCCUGCCAAUGGAUGGGAUCGUCUUCCCCCAGCUACAAACAUAAGCAUCGCAGAUGACAUCGCCAGAGUCAAGUAUUACAGGAACACUGUAUACGGCCAUGUUCCUCAAGCCUCUGUGGAUGACAGUAGUUUCAGUGCUUACUGGAAAGAAGUAAGAGAAGCUUUGGUGAGACUGGGAGGAGCUCAUGUUAGAGCUGAAAUCGACAAACUUGAGCACGACGGCAUGGAUCCAGAUAUCGAGGAGCAUUAUCGUGAACUGAUGAAACAAUGGAAGAAAGACGACGACAGCAUCAAAGACAAGCUUGAAGAAAUUGAAGGUAAGAAAAGCAUUGUGUACUGUCAAUGAGGAUGAACCAGAAGGCUACAAAGUGAAGCUGUGAUAUAAUUUUGCUUAUGAAAAUGCGCAUACCUUUUGUAAUUUUCAGAUUCGCUGGAAAACAUGAGAAGAAACUUCAGAGACGCAACUGACAAGAUAGAGAUUGAUAUGAAAGAGGUGAAAGAAAAGCUUACUAGUCUGACGGCCUCAGCUGAAAAAAGCACACAAGAAGGUUAGUUGGUAGAAAGAGCUACUCACAGAAAAAAAGUUAUGAAGAGCGACACUGUUUCUUUGAGUACAUGACGCAGCUCUUGUGCAUGAUGACGGUAAUCGCUGGAUGUCGGCCAACACAGCAUACUUUUGUACUUUACUGGUCUAAGGGCACACCCUGGCCACCACUCGUUCUUUUUUUAUUUCAUCUUUCUCAUAAUGAAUCUAAUUUCCUAGUAGCGUUAGAUGUGACCCACGUACUUCUCAAUAAAAUAACCAAAUCCCUCCUCCGGUCAUAUUGUGUAGUAUUCAAUUCUACAUGGGAAAAUAGUUGAAUUAAAAUUGUCUUGAGUAAAAUGGGCCGGAAUAAGAUGCGUGUGGUUAUUUUACAUUUCCUGAGGAAAAGAUUGCAGGCAGAACCUCCCACUGCGUUGCAGACGGGUCUCUAGGUUUCCUUUGCGUUUUUUUUUUUUUUUUUUUUUUUGCCCAAUAAAACACAGCAGUAUAGUAUAACUCAUAAUGUUUUCAUUUUGGUUGGAACUAGUCACAUAUUUGGAACGUUAGUCCAGCGUUAUGUGUGAAAAAUUAAGAAUUAACCCAAAUGUCCACCGUGUGUUUUCAUUGGCAGUAUUUUUGUCUGUUCGUGGGUACUCGUGUACAAUUGCUGGAGUGCAUUUUUGUGAUUUCUAAGCGUCUUAUUGAGCUUGAUCCCUUCGGAAUCGAGUAGAUAUUGACAUAGGUGUCAUUGUUUAUCUGCACGUUAAUGUGAAUUUGUGAGGUAAUUGUGCUUAUGAAAUUGCGCUUAUCUUUCUUACCAAUGCAGAUUCGCUAAAUGACCUCAGAGAUACAACUGAGAAGAUGGAGAUUGAAAUGAAGGAGGUUAAAGAGACGCUUUGUAGCCUGACGACCACAGUGGAGAAAAGCACAGAUGAAGGUUGGUUGCUAGAAAUAGUUACUCACAGAUAAACUGAACUAUCAACAGGGAUUCCGUUAACUUGAGUACAAAACACAUCUUUUGAGCAUGACCACAUUAUUCGCUAGAUGUCGGCUAAUUUAACACUUUUCAGGUAAUGUAUUGUUGUAAGAGCACAUCUUGGCUACUAAGAUAAACCUACUCUGGCUACAAAUGAAGAUACCAGGUAAUGUGUGGGAUGAAUGGGAUGGCACGGAAUCUCAGGCUACCUCUCAGAUUGGAUAGCUUUCUGACAGCACUCAUACACAUUUGGCCGAGAAGGGUUAUUGCCUUAUUUUAGUUUUACUUUUGUUAAGGACAUAACGAAUCUAACUUCCUAAUUCGUUAGAUUUUACCUGCAUAUUCUUGAACAGAGUAAUGCAAUCCUUUCUCCACUCAAAUUUUUUGUAGAGUAUUCCACUUUACAUGGAAAAUAUUGCUGAAUGAGGGCUGUGUUAGUAAAAAGGGGCAGGAGAAGGCGUAUGUGCUUAUUUUAAUUGUCCCGAGCGAAAAACUGUGAACGAAACUUCACAAUGCAUUGCAGGCGGACCUCUGAUUUGUGUCAGCGUUUUCCUUUUUCUAUGAGUGAACGAAGUGAAAACGAGGGCGGAAAAGCGUUCUUUGGUUUUUUUAAAUUAGUUCUUACAAUGUUGCUUUUUACCGACAAAAAUCUUACUCAGACUAUCGACUCUAAUGAUAUCAAUAACAACAAUAAAAUAACAACAACAGAGGAAGGGAAAAGGAUCUAUUUAGUUAACUUUUAAUGAAUAAAGUGACUCACUCGGACUAAAAAUUCCAAUGUUAUUCCACGAAAGGGUCUUUUGAGAAAAUGAUUGGCGAAAUGGUAAAGAUGGACAGCGAACUGAAAGAAGUGAAGGAAAAGCUGUGUACUUUGACAGUCUCAGUGGGAGAAAGCAAGGAUGAAGGUCAGUUGAAUUAUACAGUAAAAGUCAUCCUGCUUAACCGCAAAUUUCGCCGUAGUCAACAUGGCCUGUAUGUGAGAGAGGGAGAGAUCAUCCUAUGUGAAAGGGCUUCAGUUUUUCAAUUUAGACAAUCUCUGGAAUAAUCUCUGCGGUGUACUUUCAUUCCCUCCAAUUGUUCAAACUUUCACCCGUAAUUAGCUUGGAAAACUUUAUAUUUUGAGUAGAGUGGAGAACGAAAUAAAACGAAGUACAGUUUUAACGAAAACAUUGGCAUUAAGUUCGGCUCGAUGUUAGAAAUUAACAGAGCAGGUUCGACUGCAUUUACAAGCCAAAUAGCUUUUGGUCAGUAAAUUGACAUGAAUCAUACAUUGAUACCUUUUUCAUCGUCCAAGUAAUUUCUUUGGCAGUGGUGUCGUACUCGUUCACUAAUUUAAAUUCAGUGCCGAAUACCAGUAGCAUUAGAUGUAAUCCGCAUAUUUCUGAAUAAAAUAACUAAACCCUUCCUGCGCUCAUAUUGUGGAGUAUUCAAUUCUACAUGGGAAAUUAGUUGAAUGAGGAUCGUCUUUGGUAAAAUAGGUUCCUAAGGAAAAGACUGUUGGCAAAACCUCCCACUUCAUCGCAGGCGAGCCUCCAGUUUUCUGCAGCAUUUUUGAUGAAACCGCGUGACAAAGAAGGCAGAAAGGCGUUGUUUGGGUUUCAUUUAUUAGUUCGUAGCCUCGCUAUAUCCCGAAAAAGCCUUGCUCAGACUACGGCUCCAAUGAUAUGAAUAUCUAUCUCCCGAGUAAUUUAUUUUACGACAGAGUUUCACUGUUAGACACCGCUAAAGUCGAACAAACAGAAUAGGUUCAGCUGAAUUCAUAAUCUAAAUGGCUUUUAAUCAGUAGGCAUGAAUCAUACACUAAAACCUUUUAGUAAUUUCUUUGGCAACGGUAUCGUACUCGUUCGCAUAUUUAAAUUCGGUGCCGAAUACCAGAGAGGUACCACAAUUUUCAACGCUGCAUUCAUUAAAUUUCUUACUUAUUUUGCUACUGCUAGGUAUUUUUGACCCAACUGAGCUUAUCAAUGGAAUUCGCCAGCUGUACAAGACUCGCGAGGGGUGGCUCUCACCAUUUCCAUGGUGUGAAGAGUUUCAGUUUUUUCUUGGCAAUAUUUUUACAAGGCUCAAAGUGGUCAGAAGAAAGAAAACGAGAGGAGAAAUCACUGACGUAUUUGUUGAGAUGUCUUCAAUACUAGACCCGUAUGAAGAGUGUUCAGCGCCGAGAACAGUGUUGAUUGAAGGAGAACCUGGUAUGGGAAAAACCACCUAUUGUAAAAAGUACGCCUACGACUGGGCCACAAAACAGCAAGAAUCUCAGGGCUGCGGUUCAACAGCAGUUAAAGUGGUAUUGUUGCUGAAAUGUCGAGAUAUCCACUCUGACGUUUGGGAAGCCAUUGAUGAUCAGCUGCUGCCCCUAGGCAUCGAUGAAAAAGUCAAACAACAAUUUUUUCAGUUUAUUCGUGAAAAUCAGUCCAGCAUUCUAUUGAUAUUGGAUGGAUUGGAUGAGUCACCAUCCGGGAAAUUGUCGAUGUUUUCCAAAUUAAUUGAAGGAAGAGAACUCCCCAGAUGCCACAUAGUUGCAACAGCAAGACACGAAGCUGGAAAAGAGGUGAGAAAAUGUUGUGACACACUACUUCAGAUCGAAGGAUUCACUGAAAAGCAUGUGAUAGAAUUUGUCACCAAGUACUUUAAAGAAAGAACGGAUUUAGCCACCAAGCUCUCGCAACGGAUGUCGCGAGAUAAAAACCUUAGAGAAAUAGCGGCCAAUCCUCUAAACACAGCACUUCUUUGCCUUUUAUGCGAAGAGUUUGAGGGCACACUCCCCGAAAGCAGAGCUCAACUGUACUUGGAUAUGGUUGAAUGUGUUUUGAGAAGAUAUAGAAAAAGGAAGGGACUACUAGAAACGAUCGAAGACUUGACAAAUUAUUACAAACCGCAAUUGAAUCACCUUGGAAAGGUAGCGUUGAAUGGUUUACGAGACGACAAGUUGGAUUUUAAUGAAAGUGAAGUGAGAAACCAUGCAAAAGACCUGACUGAAUUUGGAUUUCUUUCAGUGCAGCCUGGUGCCAGCAAACUGAGACAAACAUUACAUUAUGCCUUCUUACAUAAAAGUUUUCAAGAAUUCUUUGCAGCAUUCUUCAUUUGUUCUCAGAUUCAAAGCAAGGAAAUGAAACCUGAAGAACUAGUUUCCGAUCCAAGGUAUUUCGUUGAACUUAAACAAAUACUUUUGUUUUCAUGUGGAAUUUUGGCCAUGAAAUGCGAUGAACAAGUUGUGGCUCUUGUAAAGAGUUUAACGAAUGAAGUCAACAAAAAUGAAGGCCGUGGUACAAAAACUGUAUUGGAGGCCAUCAACGAAUGCAAAAGAGAAAAAAGUGAUUUUCACUCGCAGUUAUCGAAGUCGUUUGGAACUGGUUUGAGUCUGACCAAUUUGGAUUUGUCUUACAAUGAUAUUACUGAUGCGUGUGCUACAUGUAUUGCUGAGGCAAUCAAAGUGAACAAGACGCUAACCACUUUGGAUUUGUCUUUCGCUGGUAUUAGUGAUGCGGGUGCUACAUGUAUUGCUGAGGCAAUCAAAGUGAACAAGACGCUAACCAAUUUGUAUUUGCGUAGAAAUGAUAUUAGUGAUGCGGGUGCUACAUGUAUUGCUGAGGCAAUCAAAGUGAACAAGACGCUAACCACUUUGGAUUUGUCUGAGAAUCGUAUUAGAGAUGCGGGUGCUACAUGUAUUGCUGAGGCAAUCAAAGUGAACAAGACGCUAACCAAUUUGUAUUUGUCUGAGAAUGGUAUUAGUGAUGCGGGUGCUACAUGUAUUGCUGAGGCAAUCAAAGUGAACAAGACACUAACCACUUUGGAUUUGUCUUUCACUGGUAUUAGUGAUGCGGGUGCUACAUGUAUUGCUGAGGCAAUCAAAGUGAACAAGACGCUAACCAAUUUGUAUUUGCGAAGAAAUGAUAUUAGUGAUGCGGGUGCUACAUGUAUUGCUGAGGCAAUCAAAGUGAACAAGAUUCUAACCACUUUGGAUUUGUCUUUCACUGGUAUUAGUGAUGCGGGUGCUACAUGUAUUGCUGAGGCAAUCAAAGUGAACAAGACGCUAACCAAUUUGUAUUUGUCUGAGAAUGGUAUUAGUGAUGCGGGUGCUACAUGUAUUGCUGAGGCAAUCAAAGUGAACAAGACACUAACCACUUUGGAUUUGUCUUUCACUGGUAUUAGUGAUGCGGGUGCUACAUGUAUUGCUGAGGCAAUCAAAGUGAACAAGACGCUAACCAAUUUGUAUUUGCGAAGAAAUGAUAUUAGUGAUGCGGGUGCUACAUGUAUUGCUGAGGCAAUCAAAGUGAACAAGACGCUAACCAAUUUGUAUUUGUCUGAGAAUGGUAUUAGUGAUGCGGGUGCUACGUGUAUUGCUGAGGCAAUCAAAGUGAACAAGACGCUAACCAAGUUGGAUUUGUCUUUAAAUGGUAUUAGUGAUGCGGGUGCUACAUGUAUUGCUGAGGCAAUCAAAGUGAACAAGACACUAACCAAGUUGUAUUUGUCUUGGAAUGGUAUUAGUGAUGCGGGUGCUACGUGUAUUGCUGAGGCAAUCAAAGUGAACAAGACGCUAACCAAGUUGGAUUUGUCUUUAAAUGGUAUUAGUGAUGCGGGUGCUACAUGUAUUGCUGAGGCAAUCAAAGUGAACAAGACACUAACCAAGUUGUAUUUGCGAAGAAAUGAUAUUAGUGAUGCGGGUGCUACAUGUAUUGCUGAGGCAAUCAAAGUGAAUAAGACGCUAACCAAGUUUGAUUUGUCUUAG